GAUAGAAGGUAAAAGUCAAUAUACUAAGGAGUUUGCAUUUAUAUAAUGCAGAAAUCUGUUUGGAUUCAGGAAAACUAAUAUCUGACAUUAAGACAUGUUUAGGAAGUGGUAAUGUAUAGACUAAAGAUAAAGGAAGGUAAUCGGGGAAAACACACUGAUCUCAUCAAUCCCCAUUAUCUCUCAUUUUAUUCAUUCAGUGCUAUGCUGGAUGUGUGUAUUGUCUGUUGAAGAGAAGCAAAAACAGUGAGCUCUCUCUGGCUGCUCUCAGAUUUAGUCCGAAUGAAUGCAAACUGUCACGUGGGACAUAGCCAAGCAAUGACGUGAAAUUCUGCUCCGUCAGAAGACAGCAUCUGUCAAAAGCCCACAUUUAAACUGCUGCCUUCCUGUGCAGCAGCUGAGGAACUACGGAUUGGAUUUUUCUGAACAAAACCUUCAGCUAAAUCCCUUUUCUUCCUCACAUCUUUCAACUCAUCCUUUUUGGUUACUGCCUAGCAACAAUGAAGAAAGUGGGCUAAAUCUUAUUAUCAAAUGCCGGAGAACAGCUUCUGAUUUUAGCUAGUUCUUGCUGCUUUGCCUCACAUCGCCACUAGAAAUAUGGAUACUGAAGAGAGAACACAGCACUGCAUUGUCCAAGAAGGGAACCACCAACUGUAAAAGCUUCAAUGCUUCUAUUGUCAGCACUAGCAGACAAUGUCUGCAAGGAUGGAAACUAGAAGUGCUGCUUCCGUCUCUUGAGAGUUGACCACAGAAAAAUCAAGAAAAGAAGGCUGGUGAUCAGGGAAGGAAGCAGAGCAGGAAGCAUACAGAUGGACACAGUGGAUACCUUUAAAAGCAGUCUCGGGCAGUAGGCUGUUGGGGGGAGGGAGAUUAAAGCAUGGCUGAUAGCAUCUUUUUGGCUGAAGGGAUGGUGUGCCAAAACUACUUGCAGUGGGCUUAAUCUUUUCAUGCUACAAAUGGCCUGAACAAGGAAGAGCUCCCCAGUCACUAGCCAUCUCCCUAUAAAAGACGCAAGAUGAAUUCCAGGAAAUAGCAGUGGAUUCCAAACAAAAAAGCUCUUCCUUCAAUCACUCAUAUCCAUUAUUGGAUACUUACAACAUGCUUCAGUGGAGAAGGCGGCAUUGCUGCUUUGCCAAGAUGACCUGGAAUACCAAACGGUCUCUCUUUCGCACACACUUCAUUGGUCUAUUUUCUCUUGUGUUCCUUUUUGCUAUAUUUCUGUUUUUUAAUCACCAUGAUUGGCUGCCUGGGAGAGUUGGAUACAAAGAAAACCCUGUGGCAUAUACUACACGGGGAUUUAGAUCAACAAAAAGUGAAACAAACCACAGCUCCUUAAGGACCAUUUGGAAAGAUGCAGUUCCUCAAACCCUGAGGCCACAGAUGAUUAUUAAUCCCAAUGAUACGGGAAUGUCACCUCAGGGAGUUACUGGUUUAGAGAACACACUCAGUGCCAAUGGGAGUAUAUACAAUGCAAAGGGAAUUGGGCAUCCAGCUUCAUAUCAUUUUAAAUACAUCAUCAAUGAGCCUGAAAAAUGCCAGGAAUCAAGUCCAUUCCUAAUACUUCUUAUAGCUGCAGAACCAGGCCAGGUGGAACCUCGGCAAGCUAUCAGGCAAACCUGGGGAAAUGAAAGCCUGGCACCUGGGAUUCAAAUAGUUCGGAUUUUUUUGCUAGGUUUAAGUAUUAAAUUAAAUGGAUACCUUCAGCAAGCCAUCCUAGAAGAAAGCAGGCAAUACCAUGAUAUUAUCCAACAAGAAUACUUGGAUACUUAUUACAACUUAACAAUUAAAACACUCAUGGGGAUGAAUUGGGUGGCCACUUACUGCCCAAAUGUUCCAUAUGUUAUGAAAACUGACAGCGACAUGUUUGUAAAUACAGAGUAUUUAAUACACAAGCUUUUGAAGCCAGAGCUGCCUCCCCGGCAAAAAUACUUUACUGGCUAUCUAAUGAGAGGGUAUGCACCUAAUCGGAACAAAGACAGUAAGUGGUACAUGCCACCUGAUCUGUACCCAAGCGAACGCUACCCUGUAUUCUGCUCUGGGACUGGCUAUGUGUUUUCUGGAGAUUUAGCGGAAAAAAUUUUUAAGGUUUCACUGAGUAUCAGACGGUUGCAUUUAGAAGAUGUAUAUGUAGGCAUCUGUCUUGCCAAACUGAGAAUUGACCCAAUGCCUCCACCCAAUGAGUUUAUCUUCAAUCACUGGCGGGUUUCUUAUUCCAGCUGUAAAUAUAGUCAUCUAAUUACCUCCCAUCAGUUCCAGCCUAGCGAACUGAUCAAAUACUGGAACCACUUGCAACAGAAUAAGCACAAUGCCUGUGCCAACACAGCAAAAGAAAAAGCGGGGAAAUACCGUCACCGUAAACUGCACUAGAAAGGACUUUUCUAAAAAUACUGCAAAGUGUAAAAGACAAAUCCAGUUGAAAGCAUGUACAUACAGUAGGGGGGAGAAGUGAUGUGCUCAAAAGGGAGAUAUUUAAGAUAAAGCACUUAAUGUGUGAAAAUUAUUUUUUUAAUUUAAAAAAAAAUUAUCUAAUUCUUUAAAAUAUUACAAAGGAAUAUUAACCAAAAGGUUUUCAAUGGCAGGAAAAAAAGAAAAGGCAGUAUCAAGAUAUUUGUGUUAAUGUGCAAUAAUAAGCAUGCACAGCUUGGUGGUACAAUUGCUAUUUUAUGUGCCAAUAAAAUUCACUACGCAAAUAUUCUAUAUUAAUUUUUAAAAGAUAAAAAAACAAUAAAAGAGUGAAAAACAUAGCUGAAAAAAUACAAAUCAAUUUCCUCCCACUGACUGAAAUUUCAGCUGAGUAUACAUAAUUUUCAAAUAUGAUUUUAUGUGGCAUUAAUGCUAUCAGAGAUUUUUAAAAAAAACUCCCUUACUCCAAUAGAGAUAGUAUCAUGGAAUAAGAACACUGACAAUUAUGUAAAAUAUAAAAUCUCAUACAGAUUACAGCUUGCCUCAUAAAAAUAUUCUUAAUGAACUGUUUUCUUGUAAAACAAGUCCUUUCAAUAAUGAAAACACUCCAAGAUACACCAUUAUUUCUUGACAAUUUUUAUCAAAAUAGAAAGGAACUACUUUUAGAGACUACAGUGAGAA